GUCUACUUUCACUGCGAUAUUUCCUUCGCAAGAGUCCUCGAAUCGCGUGCAAGUUGUCCUGGAGCCUUGAAGCUUGAAGCUCGUGGCUACUGCUAUGGACACCGAAGUCUCCGAUAAAAACAUUCGGUCAACUGACUCGGACCCUGCGACGGAGCUAAGGGACUUCGUUGCAAAGUUGAUGCAAAGUUCUGACCUCGAGUCCGUCGCUUCUGAGAUCGACGUUCUUCAGUCUAUAUAUGGAGACCAUGCCAUUCACCUAUACCAUUCAUCGCCCGGAAGCCCUAGAAGUGGUAUUCCCAAUCAUUCAUCUAGUGCUUCAGAGGCCAUCCGUUACGAAGUUUCGCUCAAUCUGCCAUCUCAUGAAGACAUCUCAAUACGGAUCUUGGUCUCAAUUCCCCCAGCAUACCCUGCUUCGGGCCCACCUCAACUGCAGCUCCUCUCCCGAUAUAUUGGUGCCUUUGGUGUCGACUCCUCGCUUUUUGGAUCUAUAUUACGCACGUUCAUAUCUGUCUCCGGAGUGGAAUGGACGCCGGAAAGCGUCUGCGUUUUUGACGGACUACAAAACGUGCUGGAGCGAUGCGAAGCGUGGUAUGACGACAAAAUAAGCAGAGAAGCGGCCGGAGAAUUACUCAGGGAGGAUGCACUUACCCGCAACCACAUCUUGGUCGAACCUGACGAGUCUCUUGCACCAUCAUCAACUGCUGACGAAAAAGAUCGAGUAGCUCUCGACACCGCUUUACCGGAAGAUAUUGAAAUCGUCGUAGCCGAACCUAUUGUGGAUAGGAGGAGUAUAUUUGUUGGCCGUGCGUGUCGAAUAUCUCAUCCCUCCCAGGUACCACUCAUUUUGAAUAACAUCAUGUCGGACCGUCAUAUAUCCCGUGCCCAUCACCCCAUCAUCAAUGCUUGGCGCUGCCAGGUUGGUAAUGUGCUUCACCAAGACAACGAUGACAACGAGGAAACUGCAGCAGGUAGUCGACUGGCCCACUUACUGUCCAUUUUGGAAAUCAAUAACGUUCUUGUUGUUGUGACGCGGUGGUUUGGUGGAAUCCAUCUUGGUCCUGAUCGUUUCAAGCAUAUUAAUCAUGCUGCCCGCAACGCACUAGAACUCGGAGGCUUCCUAGAGCAAAUAGAUGAAUCCAGGGGCGGUGGGAGAAACGCGGGGAAGGGGCGAAAACGAUAACAAAAAUUGUAAUUAUUCUGGAUACCGCUUUGCUGAGCACCUUCAUUACGUCUUUGUCGACGUACAGGGAAAGACGAUAACCCGAAAUAUCCAUCUAUCAGGCUCCAAGGCAAUUAUCACUGAUUCAUAACUCCUUCGUAAUGCGUACCGUUUCAUCUAAAGGCCUACUCGGGCG